AUGAGUUUGCAACUGAGGAAAGACUACUUAUCUCGUCGAGCUGGUUAUGUGACUGGUUACCAAGCUUUUGCCGGAGUGGACUCCAAGAACCACAAUGCCCGGCAUAGCAAAGGUGUUUGGCUAUCCACUAGUAUCAUAAUUUGGGUUUUGGUCAGGGUGAGUUUGUUGAAGAUAUUGAAUUAUUACGUGGUCCGUCAUACUGAUAUUGGUUCAAUAUCCUACCCUGGCCCUUCUUAUGCUUGUCGGUUCGUUUUCAAUGACAUAAUGCUCACAAAUUGGGCGCGGUUGAUUCAAAGAUCUGAUGUUGAUAAUAAUACUGCUGCUAUCAGUCUUUUAAUAGCAGGAAGAAUCACGCUAAAAGUGAGUGACUGA